UUAUAGUUUCCCUUACACUCACUCUCAAAUAAAUUCCGGUGGUUUUAUUUUCCCGGUAAAGUUCAAAAACCCUAACUCCGAUCCCUUCUCUCACUCAAACAAAUCAAAUUGGGAUUUCUAACCUAAACAUUUGAUGGAGAGAAACGAAAACUACAGUUCAGAGGAGGAAUGCAUGGAGGAUUACAGGCGUGGAGGGUACCAUGCCGUUAGAAUCGGCGAUGCUUUCAACGAUGGCCGUUACGUCGUGCAGUCCAAGCUCGGUUGGGGUCAUUUUUCCACUGUCUGGCUCGCUUGGGACACUCUCGUCUCGCGUUUUGUUGCCCUUAAAAUUCAAAAGAGUGCGCAACAUUACACUGAAGCUGCAAUGGAUGAAAUAAAGAUUCUAAAACAAAUAGCCGAGGGGGACCUGGAAGAUAAGAAAUGUGUUGUGAAGCUUUUGGAUCAUUUUAAGCAUUCGGGGCCUAAUGGACAGCAUGUGUGUAUGGUUUUUGAAUUCCUGGGUGACAAUCUUCUCACCCUUAUUAAAUAUACUGACUAUCGUGGGAUUCCACUCCACAUGGUUAAAGAAAUCUGUUUUCAUAUAUUGGUGGGCUUAGAUUACUUGCAUCGUGAGCUUUCUGUUAUACACACUGAUUUGAAGCCAGAAAAUGUGUUGCUUCAGUCACUGAUAAAUCCAUCCAAAGAUCCUAGGAAAUCAGGUGCUUCACUCAUCCUUCCGAAUACCAAGGAUAAGGCUGCGUCUAAGAAUGGGACUUACCAAGACAGUAAAAUUUUGAAUGGAGAUCCACUGAAGAACCAGAAAAAGAAAAUGAAGAGGAAGGCUAAGGUAGCUCAAGGCUUUGUUGGGAGGGAAACUUCAGAGGAAGCUGAGGAUUAUAAAGGACCUGAGCAAGAAGAUUGUGGCAAUGAUGUAAAAUCAAGUGUUGAACCUGUUGAAGAUAAACCUGAUAGUUCUCUGAGUAAAGAUGAAUCAACAAAGAAUUUUGAAAAGGAUGCUUCACAAGGAAGUCAUAGUCAUACGAGUAGCAGCCGGUCCAUGAAAAAGAAAUUGCUUGCAGCUGUUGAUCUUAGGUGCAAGCUGGUUGAUUUUGGUAGUGCUUGUUGGACUUACAAACAAUUCACAAAUGAUAUUCAGACAAGGCAAUAUAGGUGUCCUGAGGUUCUUCUUGGAUCCAAAUACUCAACCCCAGCAGAUUUAUGGUCCUUUGCUUGCAUUUGCUUUGAGCUUGCCACCGGUGAUGUUCUUUUUGAUCCUCACAGCGGUGACAACUAUGAUAGAGAUGAGGACCAUCUGGCAUUGAUGAUGGAGCUUGUUGGGAAGAUACCUCCAAAGAUUGCACUAGGUGGCCGCUAUUCUCGAGAAUUUUUCAAUAGACAUGGUGACUUGAGGCACAUAAGCAAUUUGAGAUUCUGGCCAAUGGAUAAGGUGCUGAUGGACAAGUAUAAUUUCAGUGAGCAAGACACAAAGGACAUGGUUGACUUCCUUGUUCCAAUACUUGAUUUCGUCCCAGAAAAGAGACCAACAGCUGCUCAGUGCCUUAGUCAUCCAUGGUUGAACGCAGGCCCUCGUACUCUUCAGCCCUCAAUAACUUCCACUCAACCUGAUGCCAUCAAUGAGGAAUUGUCUGAAAGAAGGAAAAAAGAAGCUGCUGAAAAAGAGUCAGUGGAAAUUGGUUUGAGGAAUAUAGCCAUUAAAGGAACUUCUGAGCCUCUCAAAGACACCCAACCUCUAAAAUCAUCCAAAUAGAUAUAAAUUGGCUUGUCUGGGGGGUUAUAUCAUUAUAUGCAACCCGUUUUGUUUUCAUGGAUACGUUUUGCUGGUCCUUUGAGGUUGAUAUCCAUGGAAUUGUUGUAACCUAACUUAUUUCACCUUUACUGGCAUUUACAGGUGUAGGUGUAGCUUCAAAUUCAAUGGAUCAAGUGUGCUCAGUUAUACAAACUAUGAUUUCUUUUUGUGCUUGGAACUUCUUCCUAUAUUUGAGUUUUGUCUUUCGGAAA